CUGGGGCGGAGGCGGGAAGGACGGAGGCGCUGAGGGGCCGCAGUGUUACAGCUGAAGCAGACAGGAGCAAAGCUGGCCAUGCCCUCUGAGGGGGCACAGUACACCAUAGGGGGGGUGAAGAUCCUGUUCCCCUGCAAGGCUUACCCCUCCCAGCUGGCCAUGAUGAACGCUAUUGUGAAAGGCUUGAAUAACAGGCAGCACUGUUUGCUGGAGAGCCCCACAGGAAGUGGCAAAAGCUUGGCAUUACUUUGUUCUGCACUAUCAUGGCAGCAGGCUUUGUAUGAGAAGUCAGUGCCAAGCUCGUCGUGUGACAAGGAGGACAGGAAGGCAGCGCCAUCCCCGCCCUGUCACUGCAGGUGUCACUCCCAGGCCAGGAGCAGCGAGGCUGCAGCGAGUGGGACUCCCAGUGCUCCUUGUUCUGCCAGUUAUCCUGAGCCAGGAACUUCCAGGAGACCUGGCAGCCCUCUGCCAAGCACAGAAUGUAAGGAAAGUGAAACACUAGCUUCAAAGCUGUCUGCCAAAAAGAAGUUAUCCCUUCAUGCCAGUGAGAAUGAUGAUUUCCAGGUGGACAGGAAGAGGAUUCGUCCUUUAGAGACAGAGCAGCAGGUGAGAAAACGUCACUGCCUUGCCAAAGGAGUGCAGCUGGUUGAUGCUCUGGAGGUUUAUCAUCAGAGGAAAAAUGGAGAGCUGAUUGUUCACUCUGAAAAAAGCAUGAAAACCACUACUUGUUCUCCCCAAACACUGUGCUUCUGGGAAGGAGCCAGGUAAAGAUCCCAGUCACACAAAGAAGAAAGAGAACGGAGAUCGGUUGUGUGUUCCCAAAAUUUUUUUUGGGACACGAACACACAAGCAAAUCAGCCAGAUCAGCAGGGAGCUGAAGAGGACAGCGUAUUCCUGUGUGCCCAUGACAAUCCUGUCCAGCAGGGAUUACACCUGCAUUCAUCCUGUGGUGUCCAACAGUGGCAACAGGAGUGAGAUGUGUGUAGAGUUGCUGGAAGGAAAACAUGGCAAGUCCUGCUCUUUUUACCACGGUGUUCACAAGCUGAGUGAGCAGCCUGCCCUGCAGCCUGGCCAUGGGCUGUACCAGGCCUGGGACAUUGAGGACCUGGUGAGGCUGGGCAGGAAACUUCGUGCCUGCCCCUACUUUGCAGCCAGGGAGCUGAUGGUGGGGGCAGACAUCGUCUUCUGUCCCUACAACUAUCUGCUGGACCCACAGAUCCGGGACAGCAUGGACAUUAACCUGAAGGACCAAGUAGUCAUUUUGGAUGAAGCCCACAACAUUGAGGACUGUGCUCGGGAGUCCGUGAGCUACGGGGUCAGCGAGAGGCAGCUGCGCGCUGCCCGCGAGGAGCUCGACUUCAUGGUCAGCAACAGCAUCAGGCAGAAGCACCACGAGCCCCUCCGAGCUGUCUGCUGCUCCCUGAUCAACUGGCUGCAGGAGAGCUCUGGGCAGCUGGUGGAGAGAGCCUUUGAAAGUGCCUGCAAGGUGUGGAGUGGCAAAGAAAUGCUCAACUUUCUGCACCAAAUGGGAAUAACUGGCAUCACUUUCCCCAUUUUACAGAAACAUCUUGCUGCUGUCCUGGAAAAAGAAGAAAAAGUUUCUAUGCAUGGGAGAGAGGAAAUUAUUGAGGUGCCAGUUGUGAGCCCUGCAGCACAGAUCGUGCUCAAAGGCCUGUUCAUGGUCCUUUCCUGUCUCUUCAAAGAGAACAGCAGGUUUGCAGAUGAUUACAGGGUUGCUCUACAACAAACUUACACCUGGAUGACUGAAGACCAACGUGAUGAUGCAGAUAAAAGUUCCUUCUUCCCAAGGCCCAAGCACAAAAAGAGUUCAAGGCAGAAAACCCUUGUCCACAUGCUGAACUUCUGGUGCUUGAACCCUGCUGUGGCUUUUUCUGACUUAAAUGAAGUCAGAACAAUUGUUCUGACCUCAGGCACUCUCUCUCCCAUGGAUUCCUUUUCCUCAGAGCUUGGUGUGAAGUUUUCCAUUCAGCUGGAGGCCAAUCACGUUAUCAGGAAUUCCCAGGUGUGGGUUGGCACAGUGGGCACCGGCCCCAGCGGGCGGCAGCUCUGUGCCACCUUCCAGCACACCGAGACCUUCGAGUUCCAGGACGAGGUGGGGGCCCUGCUGCUGUCGGUCUGUCAGACACUCGGCCAAGGGAUUUUGUGCUUUUUGCCAUCCUACAAG